AUGCAGACUGCUUUCUACAGACAUUUGUGAAAGAAUGGGUCACUCUCAGGAGCUCAGUGAAUUUAAGUGUGGUAUCAUGAUAGUCCAUCCGUGAAAUUUCCUUGCUACUAAAUAUUCCACAGUCAGCUGUUAGUGGUAUUAUAACAAAGUGGGAACAACGAGCCACGUAAAAUGACAGAGCAGAGUCACCGCAUGCUGAAACGCAGAAGUCUCCUACUGUCUGCAGAGUUGAUAUCUAAAGACCUCCAAACUUCAUGUGGCCUUCAGAUUAGCACAACAGUGCGUAGAGCUUCAUGGAAUGGGUUUCCAUGGCCGAGCAGCUGCAUCCAAGUUUUACAUCACCAAGUGCAAUGCAAAGCAUUCGAUGCAGUGAUGUAAAGCAUGCCACCGCUCCACUGUAG